CGCUACUCGGCUCACAUGACGGGCCGAGACUCACUCAGCUCUGCGGCUUCGAGCGUUCGCGGAGCGGACUUCCUUUUCCUGUUGUCCAUUGCGAGCAUCAGCCGAACGCGUCGCUCUGUCUCCAGACGGCGGGAGAAGGAAACGAGCAGCAGCCGGUUACCGCGCACCCGCCCGGCCCCGCAGCGGCGCCCCAGCACCGCCUCUCCCGCUUCUCCGACCUACGGACACAGCGAACGCUGCUCCGCGUGCGAGCUGAGCGAGAAGAUGACGCCGGGUGCGCGCAUUGUCGUCUGGUUUGCGGUUUUAGGCUGCGCUCAGGCUGUUACUCUUGAGGUGAAAGACGGCAACUCCACCUGCAUCAAGGCCGAGCUUUCAGCGUCAUUCUCCAUCAGAUACAACACCACCAACGGCACGACAACAGCGCGGGUCCCUCUGCCCGACUCGGCCGCGGUCGACAGAGGCCGCAGCUCGUGCGGCACGGGCAGCAGUUCACCGUGGCUGGUGGUGGAGUUUGGACGCGGCCAUGCCCUGGCGCUGAGCUUCUCCACCAACGGGAGUCUGUACAGCGUCGCGAACCUGACGCUGCAGUACAACCUCAGUGACACGACGAUGUUCCCCGAGGCCAACAGCUCUGCUGUAGUGACCGUGGUGUCGGCCUCCGUCGGGAUCGGGGCUGUGGUCAACACCACCUACCGCUGCAUGACCCCGACCACCUUCACAGCUGGUGGAACCAAUGUCACGUUCUCUGAUGUGAGGCUGGAGGCGUACAUGCCGGGAAAUGACCUGAGUCCAACAGAAAGCGUCUGCGCGGCGGAUGGAGCCAGCACCACGGCGCCACCGACCACCCCCACAACCACCGCCGCUACAAGCACGACGGCUGCUCCGCCACCAGCUCCACCCGCGGCACCAGAACGCGGCACCUACUCCGUGAAGAACAGGAACGGCACCGUUUGCCUCCUGGCCCAGAUGGGACUGCAGCUGAAUGUCUCGUAUUCAUCUCAGAACAAGACAAUCCAGGACAUAGUAAAUGUGAAUCCCAACGUGACGACGUCGUCCGGCUCGUGUGAGGCCAACAGAGCUGUGCUGGUGUUGUCACAGGAGGGGAACACCACGCUCAGGUUCAUCUUCACUUUGAACUCCACGUCCAACAAGUACCACCUGAGUGGGAUAAGGCUGCAGGCCAACUGGUCUGAUAUGACUGCUCCGUUCUCAGCCAGUAACACCAGUCUGGACUACUUGCGGAGCACGCUGGGCCGCUCCUAUAUGUGCAAUGCAGAGCAAACCCUGGAUGUGCUGUCAAACUUCUCCCUCAACACGUUCAGACUGCAGGUCCAACCCUUUGGAGUCACCAGCAACCAGUUUGCUACAGCGGAGGAGUGCCAGAUGGACCAGGACCAGAUGCUCAUCCCCAUCAUCGUAGGAGCAGCUCUUGCUGGCCUGGUGCUGAUUGUGCUCAUCGCAUACCUAAUAGGCAAGAGGAGGAGCCACGCUGGAUACCAGACCAUCUGAACGGACCCACCGUUAUCUUUACCCUGACAGACUGAGAGGUGGAGAUAUGAAUGUGUAUCAUUUGGCUAGAAACAGACUGUGGUCACGAGCAUGAGUGAACGGAAAUGACUGUUAAUGUGUGGUGAGUGAAUGCAGUUGUUACUUGGAGAUAUAACUUCCCCUUCUCUGUGGUGGAUGAUGAUGAUGAUGAUGACGAAAAGCCAAAUGACUGCAGAGACGACGUGCAUCACAAUGAAGCUUGAGUGAAUUUGGGUCGUCGCAUAUUCAAGGACAGAGGCUGAUGUACUUCCAAGUCAACGAUUCGGCUCUGUUGGUUUCCAAGAAUUAGUUGAACUUCCUGAAACUGCCAAUAGUUGUUCUUAGGCAUACGUUUUGUUUCUAGCUGUAUUUAUAACAAAGCUUUUAUUACCCCAUGCUGUUACAUCAGCGGCAGUUCAAUCGCUGUCGAUUCAAAGUCUGAAAACGUAGGAAGUAAAAAUAACUAAGCAGAGUUUUAUUUUUACAGUUACAAGUGCUCACAUAUGAUUGUAUGUCUUUUUCACUCACAAUCCGGCACAGAGGAGAUUUCAUACAAGCUUGAACCGACAACACAGAUGUGUGGAGUACAUGUUGUUUGUGCACUCACACAAACAACAGGUUACUAAUAAAGCGCACUAAGGUAGUGGUUCAGCCAAGUUCCAGUCUGCCAGCUGUCUGUCACCCCCCUACAAAAACACUCAAUAGCAACUGAAAUGGUUUAAUCUUUUAUUUUUUAUAGAAGAUGGAUUGAUCUGUUUUUUUUCUUUUGCAACAAUGUUAAUAUAAAUAUAAAAUCCAGCAUUAUGUUUUCCUUAAUAAUCCAAAUACACACAGCUGUUUAACCAAUCAGCUUUCAUUACACCUCUCACACCUGGGAUUAUUGCCAAAGUUAUUUUUGUCCAGUGCAACAGAACCUGACAUCAGUACGAGCCGAAUCCCUGACACAGAACAAACUGGAAACGCCACAGAUAGGAAAAAGUGAGGGCAGCCCUUUUGGUUGUGCUUAUGUUGCAUCACCAUAGUGCACAGGCUUCUAAACAAAAACAACAUCAUGUAUCAGAUAUUAAGAAAAUUCAAUUUGUUCUGUAAUUUACAUUGGAUUAUCAAAACACGUUCAUCUACUUCAUUCAUCAGUCAACUACCCACUAAUCCACAGUUAUUACUAAUUCAUUCUAUUUUGUGAUGGAGACUACAAUAUAAAAUACAAUAGACGGUUCAUGGCUGAAUUCACAGCAUGCAACACAUCAUUCACGGCCAUGUCGUUUGCCGUAAGGAGUCUGGUCUUCAGCUUCUGACUCUCUGGAGUGAAGGACAUAAUUACACACUAUUCAUACAGUACACAAUAAGUAAUUUUUUGAUGAAAUUGUAAAAAGGUCAACAUUAAGACAAAACCUACAUGUAGCUGUCUGUGGGAUAUUAAAUCUUUUCAUACAAAAAAGUGCAAAUGAGCUGCUAACUGUUGAACAGUGGAAUGUGUCUUGGGUUGAGUAACAGUUUUGUCCUGGAUCAGGACUCUUCAGCCACAAUGCGAGAUCGACAAAGCUCCCGCAGCUUUGCCAAGGUUGCCCUGGAGAGACUUCCUGGUUCAGUGAAGAUUUUCUUGGAAAGAAAAGAAGGAAAAGUGGGAUGUUUAAAAACACAUAUAUAUAUAUAAAAGAUAUCUAAGAAAAUGCCCUUAGCAUCUUAUUGUUACCUGCAUGAACGUGUGGCACUGAUCAACGAAUGGUCCACACGUGAUCUGCUUGAAGGCUUGGCAGACGUCUGGCAGUGACUGGGCCUGCUGAAUCUCCAGCUGGUUGUGAUGGAUCAGUGUUAGAGCUACGCGGAACAGGAUUUUUGAGCCCUCGUAGAACAAGCAGUCCCAAAUCCGCAGGACCGUCUGAAAAGCAACAGUACACACAUACAUGCAUCAUGUGCUCUUCAGGAGUUGGCAGACUGACACCUAUGGGACAAUCAAUGUGAUGUUUAGUGCUUUACUGCACUUUCCAACCAGUUACUUUAAAUUGAACAGAGGUCCAGACCAACAGAGGGAGCUAGUAAUGUUAUGGAUGCUGUAUGUGGUGAACAGGCAUUUUACUGAACAAGACACUUGUACUCCAGUGUUAAAAUAAAUAAAUGAAAGUAAAUGAU